AUGGCCACCAACACCUCAAAACCGCAAGCUCCACCACAAGCGAUCGACCUAAUGACCCUCCCCCUCCAACAACUAAACCAAGUCAAGAACCAAAUCACCCAAGAACUGCAACAUCUCACAACCUCCUUCCAACAACUCAAGACCGCCCAAGCGAAAUUCAAAGACUGCAUCACCAGCAUCAAGAACGGACUGAGCAGGGAAGAAGGCACCCCCAUCCUCGUCCCCCUGACGCCUUCGCUCUACGUCCCAGGCACAUUGGCAUCGCCGGAUACAGUGCUCGUGGACAUUGGGACGGGUUUCUAUGUGGAGAAAAAGCCGGAUGCCGCGCAGGAGUUUUACAAGAAUAAAGUGGAGGAACUCGGGAGGAAUCUGACGGAUCUAGAGAAGAUAGUGCAGGGCAAGCAAGGCAAUUUGGGGGCUGUUGAAGAUGUAUUACGGCAAAAGGUGAUACAGGAUAGCAGCAAAGCAGGCGAAGGAGAUGAAGGGCCUGGAUAG